CAGAGUCAGGCGUGUAAACCAGCCGGAGCGGCGGCGGCGGCGGCGGCAGCGGCAGUACCGCCGUGGCGCCGGGAGCAGUGACCCGGAGGGAGCGCAGGGCGACGCCGGCCGCGAGGACCCGGUGACAGCGUGAGAGGGUACUAAGUUUUAGAAAGGUUGCAUCAUGCGUGAAUAUAAACUAGUCGUUCUUGGUUCAGGAGGUGUUGGAAAGUCUGCUCUGACUGUACAGUUUGUUCAAGGAAUUUUUGUUGAAAAAUAUGAUCCUACGAUAGAAGAUUCUUACAGAAAGCAAGUUGAAGUAGAUGCACAACAAUGUAUGCUUGAAAUCUUGGAUACUGCGGGAACGGAACAAUUUACAGCAAUGAGGGAUUUGUACAUGAAAAAUGGACAAGGAUUUGCAUUAGUUUAUUCCAUCACAGCACAGUCCACAUUUAAUGAUUUACAAGAUCUGAGAGAACAGAUUCUUCGAGUUAAAGACACUGAUGAUGUUCCAAUGAUUCUGGUUGGUAAUAAGUGUGACUUGGAAGAUGAAAGAGUUGUAGGAAAGGAACAAGGUCAAAAUCUAGCAAGACAAUGGAACAACUGUGCAUUCUUAGAAUCUUCUGCAAAAUCAAAAAUAAAUGUUAAUGAGAUCUUUUAUGACCUAGUGCGGCAAAUUAACAGAAAAACCCCAGUGCCUGGGAAGGCCCGCAAAAAGUCAUCAUGUCAGCUGCUUUAAUAUACUAAAUGUGCUGUAGCUCUGAGCCAGGUAGGUCUGAAGAACUGUUGCCCAAUUCAACAGUGCCAGCAUUCCAACUUUGUUAAAACCUACCAACAUCUUAAAUGGACUUUCCUGUGGUGGUACCCUUUAAAAGGCGGAUGAAAGCUACUCUAUCAGUUUGCACAUUCUAAUCACUUUCCAGUAUCACAAGAGAGAUUUUUACUUAUAUAAUAGCCCUAGAGUAUGCAGCUGGUAAAACCAGAGGCUACAUCCAGUAUUACUGCUAAGAGACAUUCUUCAUCCACCAAUGUUGUACAUGUAUGAAAAUGGUGUACUGUAUACUUUAACAUGCCCCAUACUUUGUAUUGGAGAGUACAAUAAUGUAAAUCCUAAAAGCACCACUAUUUUAGCAUAAUAAAAGAAAGUCCAAAGAGCUCCUAUAUAGACUACUCCAGAUAACUUCGCUUCUUUGAUACUUGUAGCUUAUUGUAAUUUUUUUUAAGAAAUUCAAGGUCAUUAUCAUUGUAUUGUACAAAAUAAGCGCUUUGAUUAACACAGCUAUAUAGUUUUUUUAAUUUUUAAAAAACCUGUGGAGACAGUGAUCUUGUCUUUAAAAUAUGAUAGUCCUUUCAGUAUAAUGUCUUAGAUUAAAGACGUUGCCUUUAAUAUCUGUUGGGAAGGAAAUGUCCAGACUUUUCAAAUCUCCUUAUUAUAUGUUUCCUUUUUUGUUUACAUAGGGAACAAUGUUUAUAGUUGUGUGUACAGUGGGGGUCUACAACAAGAAGUGUAUAUUUUCAAACAGUUUUUUAAUGAUUUAACAGUUUUUGUAAAUCAUUUUCAGGCUUCUGCAGCUGUAGAUUCUCACUGUGAAUCCCUUGCUUGCUCAUGCAUAAGUGUAUUUGCAAUACCAAAUAUACAGGUUUAGUACUUUUGCCUGUUAGUGAUUGUUUCACAUGUGUAACGUUUUGGUUGAGAUGUUAAAUGGUGGACGAGUACUGUGGAUGUGAAUGUGGGAAGUAAUUUUAAUCAUGUGUAAUUGGUCACAAGGCCUAAUUUGCAGUAAUUAUUGCUGUUUUAUUUAACAAUGCCUUGUUGCUUUGUAUGCAUUAACGUUUGGGUGUAAAGAUUGUGUGUCUAUCCAACAGGGAGCCACAGUAUUUAAAUUGACCAACCUAAUGUUACAACUACUUUUGAGGUGGCCAAAUGUAAACUAAAAGCCUUAAUUAAAGUGGUGCAAUUUUGUAUAACUUAGCAUCAGUAGUUCAAUAAAUUUGGAUUGCCAUGCAAGGGCUUGCAUUAUAAUUACUUGCCACUUGAAUGUGUUUUGUGUAAUGUUUUAACAAUGCUAGUAAAUAAAUAUGGGUUUACAUUCUUUGUAAAUGUAAUAGGUGCAUUUUACACAAUGUGGUCUUGUAAUUUAAUAUUUGGGUAAAACAGACUCAUUAAGUAUAGGAGUUAAGUGAAAGAUAUCAGGUUUUGUUUGUUUUUUUUUUUUCCUAGUGUUAUUGGAAAUCCAGUAACUGCGCUUUGAACUUUUCCUUAAGAAAGAAGUUUGUAAAUGAAGCAAUAUUACUUAUGAACAAAUGCCUUUAGGUAUGUGCAGUAGCUCUUUUGGAUAAAUGAGGAUGGAUUGAAAUACUUUGGCAGAUGUUAUACUAUGGAUUUUUUAAAAUACACGUAGGAUAAAGGUAGAAUAUUAAUGGCUCUAAAAAUCUGAAUGACAUGGACUCAAGUAUUACUUUCUUUUUUGGAGAUAGAUCUGUCUUUGUCUUAUAUGCUGUUAUUCAGUUUUGUGAAAUUUGUAAAGAAGCUCUUAACUCAAACUUUUUCAAAAGGUUUGUGGGAAAUGAGAUUAAAAGAUAACUUUAUUUUGGUGCAAAAAAAUUUUUAGCUCAUGCUGUUUUUUCAUAGAACGCAUUAUCCGUGAACUUUUUGAAGAGCUUUUGUACAUGCUUUUUGAAUGGGACAUGGAAAAGCUUCUAUCUUAAGAAGACAAACACUCUUUACAUGUUUAACUCAGUGUCCCAUAUAUUGAAAGGUAUAAGGAAAAGAUUCUCCGGAAGUUCCACUUAAUUAAGAGACUUGUUUUGGCAGAACUGAUUUUAUUUAUAAGUCAUUAGGGAGGAAAGCCCCAAAUAGUGCAACUGGGAAGCACUAACAUUAACUAUGAUCUCUUUAAAAAAAAAAAGCUAUGUUCCACUAGAACCACUGAAGGCAUACUCAUUAAUUCAGCUACCUGUAAUAAGUGUUUAUUUCCUACCAGCUGUGUACAAGGCACAAUUCUAGGCUCUUAAGAAAAACUUCAGGUUUUUAAAUGACAAGAAUUGUUCUAGAUUUAAGAAUACAGCAGCAACUAAGAUCUACUAAAAGCAAAACCAUGCCCUCCUCAAAUUUAUAUUCAAUUACUGGGUUUUUCAUUCUCAGCACUACAGAAGAUUUUGUGCUAAAUAAUUUCAUGUGUUGUGAAAUUAUCUUGUACAUAAUAGGCUUUUUAGUAACAGACCUGAUCUCUGCCCACUGGAUGCCAGUAAUCCCACCUUGUGAUGACCCAAAGUGUCUCCAGACUUUGCCAGAUGUCCUGCAGUUGGGCUAAGGAGAAGAUUUGAAGGUCCAGAUCACCCUGCUUGAGACUUCCUGAUCUGCUAGGAAACAAGCAAAUUAGUUACAAGCAGGUGUUAGAAGAUGGGCGGUUGGGCAUGGAAAGUAAGAAUAUGGGCUCUAGACCUGGAUUUUCAGGGUUUCUAAUCCCAGCUCUGGCUACUUCCUAGAUGUGACCUUGGUUACCUCCUCUAUAAAAUGACAGUGAUAAUGGCACCUAUCAUAGGAGUUAGAAGUGAGUAUCCAUGCCAUCCUCUUAAGUAUUCUUUUAAUCAUAAAAAAAUAAGGCUAUGGUUUGGCAAAAAGUACCUUUUUCUUCCAUGCAGAACAGUAACUGCAGCUUAGAAAGGUAGAUCAUAUGUUGAUGAACUUUCUGGUACUUUUGAUGGGAAAACAUCAAAAUAAUUCUUUGAAAAAGUCCUGAAUUCCUUUUCAUGUCCCCAAAAAUACUUGGAAAACUUGUAUUUUAGGAGGAAACCAGAAUGUUUCACAUAUUUUUCUAAAAAAUGUACAAAACACUGUUUUGACUUUCAUGUUGGUUUAGUUUCUUUCCUCAUAAAUGUAAAUAUAUAAUUUUACCACAGUGGAUAUUAAGAAUCAAAAGUUCUUUUUAAAUUCCAUUUAUGAAAUUAAGUUUUGCAGCAUACUCUGAAUCAGAACUCAUUACUAUGGUAUUUUUUUUAUUUGUGACUUCAUUAAAUUUAAUCUCCAUGUAUCCUGUCUCCUUUCUUUUCAAUCUUAGAAAUGUAAAAAGGAGUACAGUAUUUUAUAAUUAAUCCUCCUAUUAUCUUAGCAAUCAAAGUGUUUGCAGGCUCAUCCUUCUUAAACUGUGAGCCUUAACAUUGUGAUUUACAGAACAUAAAAUUUUUUGAAAAUAAAUUUGCUUCAUAAUUGUUCAGUU